UCAUGCAGCAAUAAUGUUUUUUGAUCGAUAGAAAUCAUAUCUGUCAGCAUAAUUUUCAUACAAGAAUAAUAUAUAAAUAUUGCUCUACGAUUAUUUUUUCGAAUUAUUAGUAUUUCUACACAAAUAUGGUUUACCUGACGCCCAUUGAGAAAGACUUUAGUUGGCGCACGAGGGUGGCAAAGGAAGUUAAAGAAGCAAAGAUAUAUGAGAAGAGAUGGGGUUGGGUUAAACAAGAAGUUUUGGGCAUGGAAAAGAAGUUGAACGAGAUGUCGAAGAAGUCUGAAUUCUUGAAAGAAGUUUUCAUGGACGAAGAACAAGAUAACAGAGAUAUCAGACCUGUGCCAGAAUCAACGAAUCAUGUUUAUGGCUGGAUCGCAAGUAAAGAAGAAUUUCAAAAUAAGAUACCGGAUCAAUCAAAGCUAUUGGAUUUACCGCCAAAUUACAAAUUGAUAAUACCAUAUGACAGCCCCUAUUGGUGUUAUCUUAGAAGUUGAGAAUGAAGAUGGAUAUUAUCCCUUUCUUUAAUUCGAGCAUACUCGAAAUCUUUUGUCAUGUAUAUCUACUUCUAUUUAUUUUUGGACAUUUUGUUGAUUACACACAUAUAAAGCACUCA